AUGUUUGGUCGAACGUUCGUUCGAACGUUUGGUUUUGAGAACUCUAAUACAAGUGGCUUCAAUAUAUACAAUAGUUUUUUUGAAAAAAAAUUUUUUUUAGAAUCACAAUAGAUUAUCUCCAAAAAGGCUAGGCUCACGAAGUUCUACAUCAACCCUUCGUGCUGACACAGUGGCGAGGGGCACGAAGUCACGGAGUUCGCCAUCAACACUUCGUACUGCCCCAGUGGCAAGGGGCACGAAGUUGGCCAUCAACACAUCCCACAGUGGCGAGGCUCCCGAAUUUCUACAUCAACACCGUGCUGCCCCAACGGAAAGAUGCACGAAGUUUUACACCAACACUUCGUGCUGCCCCAGUGGCGAGGCGCACGGAGUUGGCCACCAACACUUCCUUCUACGAAAGUAUCCUUUUUGAGGUGCGUGCCACUUCUAGGCAAUAAGAAGCAGAAGAAAAAAUUCAUGAUUAAAUUAACGCAGGUAGGCAAAAUGCUGAAAAUUAUUUCUAAACUUGAACUUUUCAGAACAUCGAUCUUCUUUGGAUCAUUGAAAAAUCAAGACAUGGGCAAUGCAAAGGAGAAGAUGAACGCGAAUAUAUCUGCUUCGCCCAUUCUUAUCCACUUCAUCACUCAACAGAUUGGUUCACAGGUACUCAAAAUUAUUAUAAAAACCAGGUAAAAACGGAAAUUCAGGACUUUCUUCUGAGGCGUUUUCUGAGGGGAGAGAGAGAUUGAAACAAAAUACGCCGGUAAAUUUUCUUUUGAAAAUUGUUAAUGAAAAAAUAUUUCCUUACAGAAUCAGAAGACAAAAAGAGUCUGCUGAUCAUUGCCAGUUUCGCUGAAGCUUGUUGGACCGGAUCAUCAAGCACAUCAAGCAAAACUGAACAGAAUAGUAACAACAACACAACAUCUUCGAUUCCACACGUCAAAUCAUGUUUUUCAAGCUGUUUCAUUUACAUACAGAUAUGUGAUUGUUUGUUUUUCAAUCAAUAAACAUGUUUUUUUAUCACUGCCUGUUUUUUAAAACGCCUUUUGGUGAGAACGGAGUAGUUUGGCGAAAUUGUGAGAUUUUUCAAGAACUCUUUUCUGAGUAGUUUUCUGAGCGAUUCGGCGUCCUUGUCUUGAAAGUGGUGAUUUCUGCCGUAUUUGAAAAAAAUUGCAGUUCUUGAAAAAAAUUUAACAUAUCUUCUGAAAGCAGAAAAAUCUUUUACAAGGAAAAAACGGCUUUCUGCAAUCAUGCAUUUGUUCCGGAUCUGUCGCAUGAAAUUCCAGAUUUGCAUUAUCUUUUUGAAAAAAAUAUUCAAAAAGACAUUAAAGCAUCAGUCUUCUCAUCUGUUCAAAAAUUACGAAAUAUUGAACAAAAUAGUUUUUUUUUUGUUGAUCAGAUUUCUCUUCUGGACGUUCCGAAUCUUUUGAAACAAUGAGAUUUUCCGUCAGUUUGUUUUUUAUAAGUAUCCAAAAGCAGUUAUUCGAAUCGAAAUGCAGAGAAUAUAAAAAUGACUCUUGCUUGGCAGGAACCUUCGAAACAAAAUUUUUUCCUGAUAAGUUCCCUGUUUGAUGUUUUCUGCACCAUUAAAAAAACCAUUUCACUGUUUUCGAUUUUUCAGAUCUUGAAAAAUUCUUUAUUUACUGUCGACAAACCUUUUGAUCCCUCAAAGAUGCCAAGUAAUUAAAUUUACCUAAACUUUAUUCCGUCAAAAAACGACGAUCACGAAUUUACACUGAAUGUUCUGCAAAAGUCCCAGUUAGGACUACACUCACAUAUAAAAUUCAUCACAAAGUAAUUAACAACUAUUUUAUAAAAAUCAAGUAGAGAAAACCACAAAUAUGAAGGAAAUGCGCGUGGAAUAACGCGCGAUUGCGGCUGAUAGUGCAUACACUGAGUAUGUUGACCGCAGUGGAGCGAAGGUAGCCUCGUCGUCCUUUUUUCUGUAUUUUCGACGAUGGCACGUUACGUUGUUUCUUCUGUAGCUGUUCCGUGAGUUAUUUUUCAUUUCACCUUAUGGAAAUCGUGUUGUGGGUUCUUUAUUGGAUGUAAAUACCUUGUUUAACAGUGAAAAUCUUAGGAAAAACUUCAAUUUCUACGCUUUUUUUAUCGGUUUAUUUUCAAUCUUUUUAAUUUUAAUUAUUGUUUUUAGUUAAUUAUAUUUAUAUUUAUUCAAUUUAUAUACUUCAAAGUGCGUUUUUCAUUGUAAUAUUUGGUCUGAAAAAAAUUUUCAACUUUUUCAAAAGGUUUCCGCAUCCAAACAUUAGACAUUAGUUUGAAAAAAACUUAGUGUAAGGUAUCAGAUUGCGAAAAAUUUCUUCUAAAUGUUUUUUUAUUUCAUAGUUUGUUUUUUUAACAUAUUUUCAACAGGUGAGAGGUUUUAUUAUCUUUCAGUGAUUAUUAUCUGUGGGGAUAUAUCAUUUUUCGUCCUUUUUCAGAGCAGUUUUUGGCGCCUACUACAAAUAUCGCCAUGGACACCCCAAUCCAGUCAAUAUCACGUCCAUUGAAGAAGCUGUCGAAGCCUUAAAUUCGUAUAAAAAGUCUUUAGAUGCUGUCCGAUUUGUCGAACAGUAUAAAGGUAAUUUUUGCUAGUUUCUUUUUGGUUUAUAACAAUUUUUCUUCGAAUGAAGCAAGGUGAAUGCUAGUUUAAGAAUUGUUAUAACUGGUUUUCAUCAAGGAAAAAUGGUGAAUUUAGACAAGGCGUACCUACCCAAGCUCCACCCGAUUGCUUACGGAGUUUUGGCUCGGAAUGGUUCUUCCAUUUGCUCACAACUUCCUGUCAGCAGUUGUCUCAUCAAAAAUGGGUCCUUCGAAGAUACUUUGCGACUUGUAAGUUUGACCGAAUUAACAAUAAUUGAUUUUCAUUUUCAGUUUGAUCUCGGUGAUGACUGGGAAUUCGCUCUUGGCUGGUUGAACAGGUUUUUUCUUAUCGAGAAAAAUGCAUAAAACUAGAAUUUUUUCAGAGUGGCUUGCCCCGAAGAGGAACUAAAUUGCGCGGAAGAUUGGCUUGUUCGACGACCGAGCCAAGUUGAGCGGUUGCGACGUUUAGUUCAGCUUCUCCUGUUGAAAUCUGAGGUUGGUCCCACUUUUUCAACAAUAGGGUUUAGACGAAUAUUCUUUCAUUCAUUUUUUUAUUUCAUCAAAACUAAAAUCAACGGCUUUCGUAGUUUAUUCAAUUUUUUUAGAAAAACUGAAUAAAAAAAGAAAUAAAUUAAAAAAAUGUACAUUUUGAUAAGGUCUAUAACAAAAAUACUUUUUUUUCAGUUCAGUUUUGAAUAUUAAUAUUAUCUUCUAAACAAGAUUCAAAUGAAUCAUAGUCAUACUCCUGGAACUCAUUCCCAGAAAUACAACGAGAACCACUUCCUUAACGUCGACCUCGUUUCCUUGUUGUUCAACAUGCACAAGGAGUUCAGCGAGACGCACAAGGACAUCUCCGUGCUCGUCCUGAAAGUCUUGGCAAACGUCGUCAGGGACAAUCGACAAUUCGCUCAAGCUACUCUGACUUCUGAGUGGCUUCCUCUGUUGUCCGGCCUCACCAGGAGCGGAUCUCGUGUCAUUGACCGCCUUCUUGCUCAUAAGGUUUGCAUUAAAGUAUUUUCCUUUUUAGAGUCCUUAACUUUGCCUUUUAGAUCAUUCAAAACUGCCUCUACUCCAUGGGAGCCCUGGAUUAUUACUUGCCAUCGGAUCUGUAUGAACUGCACGUCUCUGAAAAUGAACCCAUGGUAUUUGUCUUUCUAAUUAUCUUAAUCUUUUUUUUUCAGAUUGAUAUUGUUAUGAUUCACGGACUUCGGGGUAGUGUCGAAUAUACUUGGCGUCCAAAAGGCACUGGACUUGACGAUUUGACGGCUUGCUGGCCAAAGGUUCUUUCAUGAGAUUUUUGAUGGAUAAGAAGAUUUUUAGGACUGGCUUCCUUUGGACGUUGAGCAACCAUUCCGCAUCCUCGCGCUCGACUACCCAUCUUAUCUGAUUCAACUCCGGGGUCCUAUGGAUACUCUCCAGGUUCAUUCUUUUUGUGAUGAGUACGAGCAAAAAAAACUUUUCCAGUCACGAUCGCAGCGUUUUCAUGAUCAACUCAUCGCGGCUGGCUUGGGCAAAAGACCGAUCGUUUUCAUUGGACACUCCAUGGGAGGAUUGCUGACCAAGAAACUUCUUCUUGAUUUCAAAGAAGAAAUUUCGAGCAAAACGGUGGGGGCUUUUUAUCCGAAAGUUUGAAGCAUGUGUAGGAUGUGAUAUGAAAAGUUAUUCUUGUACUCUUGCUUUUUCUCACCUUUCAUCUCAAACCGAAAAGAUAAGUUUUCUCGAUGGUACUACAAAAUCUCAAGUCCGCAAAUCUUGUGGACCGUAAUCUUGUGUACGGAGAUCUCCCAUGAUCUUGGGAACCACUACAUUGGAAAGCAAAAAUCAACGCUUUUGCAAAUAGAUUUUAUCAGAAAUUGUAUUCGGUGAUAGAAAACAAGAGAACAUAAGUAAAUAAAGUGCAAUGAAUAAGACUAAAAAAAAAGAUUUUUGCUUUCCAAGAUAACCGUCUUCAAAAUUCGCGGACUUGAGAGUUUUUCGUAACAUCGUUUUCUCACAUCAUCAAUUUGAAAUCCUGGGAAAGUGGAAAAUCGCUUCGCAGAAAAAAAAACUUACAAAACUCAAGUAAAUCCAAAAUUCUCCAAAAAUGUUUCCUUAAAACGUGAUGAAUUUUUCAGGUAGGAGUUCUAUUUAUUGCGACUCCUCAUCGAGGCAGUCCAGUCGCCUCCUGGGCUUACUCCGUCUUCUUUCCAACUGCUGAUGUCCUCUUCCUCCACCAAGCCAAUCAAAUGAACAAGAAGGUAAAUUCUAAAUACUCUCCCCAAUCAGAAAUCUUUUUCAGUUGAACGAGGAAUUUGCUCCAAUCAGCGAAAAGAUCCCGCUGAUAGUCAGCAUGCUGGAAAUGAAAGAGUCGGUGGUUCUUGGUUUGUGGCUUUUAUGAAAAAAAAAGAACAAAGACUUUAGGAAACUCCACAGCCAUGGUCGUCCCACUAGACUCUGCCCUUUUCGGACGCGGUGCUGUGUAUCAAAUCGACGAAGUUUUUUUAUUUUCUUAUUUUUGGCAUUCUCUUGUUUCAUAUAAGUUUUCGAAAUGGAAGUUUACUAUUAGGAAAAUUUCAUUUUGGACAAAUUAAUGGCCCAAAAUGAAGUCCUUCUAUUUAUUGGGAAGCGCUUCAAAAAUUCGGAAUUUUUUUCGGGACUUAGUAAGUUUGAAAAAGGUUUUUAAAGGUGUCGAAAUCAAAUGUUUUCAAAUUACUUGAGGAAAGAAAAAGAUUUUUUUCACUAACCGAAUGAGAAUAAAAAUUAAAUAUUUUUUUGUAUAUAUCCAUACUUGAUACAAAUUCAAAUUAUUUUAACGCCUCUGAUUUUUCAGAGCCACUACAACAUGUGCAAACCGGAAAGUCGCACAUCCGCUAUUUACUCUGUCAUCAUCAGUUUUCUGAACGACGCUGUGCGCCAUGUUCUCAAGCAAGAACAGAAAAUCGAAAUCGCUGAAGAUUUCGAUCAUCUUGCCGGCUUCGCCGAUACCGAAUCUUUCUGA